AUGGUGCGGACGUACGUCAGCAGACCGACCUGCGCGCACGGGACACCCCCGCUGCCUUCCUGCGGUCACGUCAUGAAAAAAUGCCUCAAGGACGACAAAUGCAGAUCUCACCUGCUUGCUUUCGAAGAUCAUUGCAUAUCGAACAAAUCGAAUUCCAAAGAGAUCAGAACGGCAAUGUCAUCAACAAAAUCCUCAACGAGAUGUGCCGGCAUAAUGCAGGAAGAUAAGGAAUGCUUGCACAAUCUCAUGAGUCUGCAUGGGCACUCAGUUUUCAGUACUGGGUGUCUCUGUGCAUCCAACAACAACAACGACGGUGACGAUGAUGAAGACGAUGAUGAGAAAGAUGAAGGUGAGAAGGAAGAUGAUGAUGAAGAAGAUGAAGAAGAUGACGAAAUGUUUAAAACUCGCUGCACCGAUGCAUUGAGUGUGAGGGCUGAUGAGAUAACUGGCCGCGAUGACGACGACGACGACGAGUAUUUCAAAGUGCACAACAACACACCAUGUUAUGAGGUUUGUCGUUGUCAUGACAACCAAACUAUGGAAUGCCACGAGGUCCCCUGUUCAUCGCAACUUGUCUGCCUAGCUGGCUCAACCAUGAAUGUAGACGAGAGAGGCUCAUGCACGUGCUACCAAUCUGAAAUCAUUUGUCCAAAGGCUCCUUUUAAUAUGGAACCUAAGGCAGGAUUAUUUCUGCAUGUUGGUUUCAGUACGAUGGAGCGAGAAAAGUUGGAAAACAUUCUUUCGAAAAAGUUGAUGCAUUCGAACCAGAGACUCUCGCGCAAGAUGAACAAACUUCUUCAACAAUUCAAUCCCAACACUGAAAUGAGGUGCGGUUGUGAUGUUUACCAAAGAUACAAGGGCAACGUUUUGUUUGAAGUAACCCUGCAGACGUCAUCACACCCCGCGCUGAAUAUCCUGCCCGCAGAUGUUUGCAUCGGAGCGAUAAAAAGCCUAACAGAACAUAUCAACAGUCAGUCUCUACAAAACCCCGAUCUCGAAAUCUCACUGAUUAAAGUCGCACAGGCAGAGUUAGUAAUGUUCCACGGAACACCUCUUGCUGAUCACUUCUUCGACCACGAAGCCAACAGUACCAGAGCAAAAAUCUCAAAAUUUAGCAAUAAAUUGUACAAAAAUCACUUUGAAAAUGAUUUCAGUUUUAGUUAUUCCAAUGCUAAAGCUUUAUCGCAAGUUGAGUUUGAACCACUUGGCGAUAAAGAUUUUUCCGGGUUAAAUGAUUGCAAGCAAAUGAGCAAAAGUUUUUUAGCGAUUCAAUUGGUUUUUCUUGCUCUGAUUUCAUUCAGCUACACGUAG